CGGGGGAAUCUCUUGCCUGCAAGGCUGCAUACUCGACCAUCGGGCAGCAGUUCGUCCUCUCCAGAACCUGAAAAUCUUGCCUUGCCCACGUCAGAUGAUCGGAGCCUUCAAAGCUGGAAGGUUACAGAAGAGACUACCUUGCCAUCCGGGUCAGCAUCGUUGGCAGAUGAUACAGAGCCAGAAUUUCUGGACAAGCUAUCCAGUUCCUUUAAGGAAGAUAUGCAAGGUACUAGACAUCACCACCAAGUUGAAGAUGGAUACUUUUGCGAAGGGGAAUUUGACAGCAAAGGUGGAGAGAUGACAGUUUCGUCCCAUACAAUGACCAUCCCUCCAGGAGCGCUGGACACGCAAACCCCAGUAAAGAUCACGUUGACAGUUCUGAGAGACGUGCCAAGUGACAUCCUUCUGCAGGACAAUGAGACGGUAGUUACCUAUGGCUUCUGGUGCUCGUCCGAAUUGCCAUUCGCAGCUGACAAACCGGUUACGUUGACGAUACCUCACUGUGCCAUCUUAAUCGAUCCUCAUAGCAUACAGACUGUAUUGUACUCCUGGAGUCAUAAUGAAAAAGAAGGAGAUGAAACUGUCAAACCUGAACGAAUUGUACAAACACCACAGACCUGUCGGGUUACACCUCACCACAUAGAGAUCUCCCUGGAGCAAUUUUCAGGAGGGUUUCUUGCCUUCGUACGGAAUCAGUUUCAUAUGGAUGGAAAGGUAAUGUCUUUCAUGCCCUUUUCCACGAAGAUGAUGCCAAUUUCCCGAAAAUUGACGAUGGAGCUUCGAAUGGUGAACAAACCACAUGGAACAUUUUGGGUGAAUAUCUGA